AUGGAAGAUUUCGAUCUUUUCACACGUAAAGGUGUAUUUCCAUACGAAUACGUUGACUGUAUCGAAAAGUUAGAAGAAACUGAGUUACCAUCGCGCGAAUUAUUUUAUAGCUCACUGACAGGUGAUACGGUUUCCGAGAGUGAUUACGCACACGCCGUGAACGUAUGGCAGCGGUUCUCCAUCCAAACGCUCGGCGAAUAUAGUGACCUAUAUUUAAAAACGGAUGUUUUGUUGUUGGCUGAUAUUUUUGAAAAUUUUCGCGACAGUUUCGUGGCGAGUUAUGGACUCGAUCCUACAUAUUACUAUACACUACCGGGUUUUACGUGGGACGCGAUGUUGAAACAUACUCGUGUCAAUUUUGAACUUCUUACCGAUGUUGACAUGGUUCUAUUUAUCGAACGUGGUAUACGUGGAGGUCUGAGCCAAUGUUCGAACAGAUAUGCGCGGGCCAACAACAAGUACAUGCAGUCGUACGAUCCAUCGAAACCGUCGACGUAUCUUAUGUACUUUGACGUUAACAACUUGUACGGCUGGGCAAUGUGUCAACCAUUGCCAUACGCCGAUUUUCGAUGGGUCGAUGACGUAGACAAUUUUAACGUUAUGGGUGUCGCGUUAGAUUCGCCAACUGGCUAUAUUCUCGAGAUGGACUUGGAGUAUCCAGAACAUCUCCAUGACGUUCACGUGGAUUUACCGUUCUGUCCAACGCGCGAUAAACCACCCGGCAAGCGAGAAGACAAGCUCCUUGCGACAUUAUAUGAUAAAAAGCGUUACGUAAUUCAUUAUCGCAAUCUACAACAAUGUAUUCGUCACGGUUUCUGUAUCGCAAAGGUUCACCGUAUACUGCAAUUCACACAAUCUCUGUGGCUUCGCGAUUGUAUUGAACUCAACACAAAAUUUAGAACUUUGGCAAAGAAUGAAUUCGAGAAAAAUUUAUACAAACUGAUGAACAAUGCGGUUUUCGGCAAGACCAUGGAGAAUGUGCGCAACCACGUCGACGUGCGUCUUAUAACGCGUUGGGAUGGGAGAUACAGUGCAGAGGCAAUGAUCGCAAAACCAAACUUUCAUAGUAGAAGCGUUUUUUCUGAAAAUCUGGUCGCGAUAGAAAUGAGUAAACUCGAGGUGAAGUUCGACAAACCGAUAUACGUAGGUAUGUGUAUCCUAGACAUAUCUAAGACAUGUUUGUAUGAAUUUCACCACGAGUAUAUGCUACCGCUGUAUCGUGAGAAAUGUAAAAUUAUGUACACCGACACAGACAGUCUCAUUUACUACAUCGAGUGUGACAACGUAUAUGGUGUUAUGAAGCGUGAUAUUAACAAAUUUGACACUAGCGAUUACGCGAUCGCGAGCGGAAUACCGUAUGCAUCGACAAUGCAUACGGUAUUCGACUCACGAAUAAAAAAGUUCCGGGCUUGA